UUCCUCUUUAAACUUUUCCACCAUCACAACUUGCAAGUUGCAACAUUGCCUCCCAUUCCUGACGUUAUCUCCAUCUAUAUAUACACAUAUAUAUCUAUUAUUCACCAUCUACACGCUACAAAAAAAGGUUUAAACUCAAGACUGAAUAAUUAUUAUCAAAUAUGCCUUCUCCCAUUCAGAUUCAACGAAUCCACCCUACAACCACCACACCCACCACCACCACCACCGUCAACCACCACAAACAACCACUCCCCACAACCACAAUAUGGAGAGUACCAUCAUCUAUAUGCAUCCCAGAAGACCUUAUGCACCACCACACUCAUGUCGUUGGUCCAAACAGAUGCUCAUCCGUAGUUGUCCAGACAAUAUCCGCACCAGUGGAUAUUGUCUGGUCUGUCGUCCGUAGGUUUGACAACCCGCAGGCGUACAAACACUUUCUCAAAAGUUGUCACGUGAUUCUUGGUGAUGGUGAUGUCGGCAGUUUAAGAAAGGUACAUGUUGUGUCUGGAUUGCCAGCUGGAUCCAGUACGGAGCGGUUGGAAAUACUUGAUGAUGAGCGGCAUGUUAUGAGUUUUAGCGUUGUCGGUGGUGACCAUCGGUUGAAUAAUUACCGAUCUGUCACCACGCUGCACCCGUCGCAGUGCGACGGAUGCACUGUUGUGGUGGAGUCGUAUGUGGUGGAUGUGCCUGCUGAGAAUACUAAGGAGGAGACGUGUGUGUUUGUUGAUACUAUUGUUAGAUGUAACAUGAUUUCGUUGAAGCAGAUUGCGGAAAAUCUGGUGAAGAAGUAGUGGUACAUAAUUUACAUAUGUUGUAUUGACCUUUUGUUUAUUGAUCUGAUGGUUAAUCUUUGGUUCAGGGUUUAAUUUGAUUGAUCUAGUAUGUAUGUAGAGAUUGAGAAAACAAAAUUUGGAAAUUAUUCUUUUGGUUUUGUUUUUGUUUUUGUUUUUGGUUUUGGUUUGUAGUUUGUGGUUGUUCAUGUGAAUUUCUUUGACUA